UGAAAAUGUUUGCUUUGCCGGUGUAUAUAUAUACCCCUUUUAUCUACAAAACCACCGCACAGUUUGUCUAGAUAGUCGCAAUCCCAUAAUGAAGAACCGGUCUACCAUCGGUUACCUAAAGAUAUUACUUCUACUGAUUCUCAUGAUUACACAAAUACACGGUGCUUGCAUAGAAGAAGAGAGAGCGGCGCUGCUGGAAAUCAAAGCUUCAGUAAAAUCACACGGUGCUGAUGCAGAUGGUCUUCUUCCGACAUGGACUGAUCAUGGUGGCCGCGAAUGUUGUCACUGGGAGAGGGUGACGUGCAACAGUACCACCGGGCGAAUAACGGAUCUGACGUUGGAUCAUUUGUUUGAGAUAGUGUACGAAGAUUUCAGCCAGAAGAAUUGGGAGCUUAAUAUCUCUUUGUUUCUUCAUUUCCAGGAGCUCACGAACCUUAAUUUGGCGUAUGAUCUUCUGGAUAAUGGCAUUGAGAAGACAGGACUAGGAAAGUUGUCUAGUUUGAAGAAGCUGGAGAUGCUGAACCUGGCCGGCAAUAAUAUUGAAAACAUCACCAUCUUUCGUCCAUUGGGUACAAUCACAUCACUGAGAUUUAUCGAUCUUAGUGACAAUUCCAUGGAAGGAUCUAACUUCCCUGUUCAUGAAUUAGCAGCUUUGGAAAACUUGGAGAUGUUGGAUCUCACCUACGGUGGAGGCACUUUCGAAAUGCAAGGUUUGGAGAGUCUUUCCCGAUUGAGGAAGUUGAAAAUUUUGAAUCUUGGGUGUAAUAGUUUUAAUCAAAGCAUCUUACCCACUUUGAGAGCCUUUCCAUCGCUUAAGGUGCUAGUACUUUUGGCCAACAAUUUUUAUGGAUCGUUUCCAGCUAAAGAAUUAGCUAAUCUUAAAAACCUGGAGGUUUUGGAUUUAAGUAAAAAUAACUUUAAUGACACCUCAACUAUCCAAGAUUGUAAGCAGUUAUCAAAAUUGAAAAGGCUGGAGAGUGUAGCUCUUGAAAUCAAUUUUAAUAGUAGCAUCAUUUCAUGCCUAAGUGCUCUUCCAUCCCUCAAAAAACUUAAUCUUCAAUGGUCUACCCUUUCAGGAAACUCCUUUCCUACACAAGAAAUAUCACUUUUGAAAGAGUUAAAAACGCUUGACUUGAGCAACAGCAAUCUUGAAACGCUAGAAUUUAAUGGUACCAUGAGGAGUCUCGUGCACUUAUAUCUAGAUAAUAACAAGCUCAGAAAAGGCGUCCUGAGGUCCUUGGUUGCUUUUCCAUCCCUUAAACUUCUAUCUUUAGCAAAUAGUAACAUGGAUGGGAUGAUUUUUGAUGAAGACCUGCCUAAACUUCCUGAUUUGGAGGUUCUAAUUUUGAAAAGUAAUUCCUUUAAUGGGACUCUGCCAAUAAAAGGUUUGGCAUCCUUUUCUCGUCUGGAGGUCUUAGAUUUGAGCAACAACAAAUUCGUUGGGUCUAUCCCUUCAUCUAUAGAAGCAUUAUCUUCUGUGAAAGUAUUAUCUUUUGCUGAUAAUGAUCUGAAUGGCUCUUUACCCCUAGGUUUCUGUGAGUUAAAUAACCUCCAUGAGUUAGAUCUAAGUCAAAACAAGUUCGAAGGAGAGCUGCCUCUAUGUUUCAGCAGUUUAUCAUCACUAAAGCUGUUUGACCUUUCUCUAAACCAGUUCAGUGGAAACAUUCCAUCUUCAAUGAUUGCUAAUCUUACAUCUCUCGAGUAUGUUGAUCUCAGUCAUAACAACUUUGAGGGUUUGUUUUCAAUGAGCUCGUUCUUCAAUCAUACAAAACUUGAAGUGGUUGAAUUCAUAAGCGACAAUGACAAGUUUGAGGUAGAAACACAAGAAGUUAAAGAUUGGAUCCCAACGUUCCAGUUAAAAGUCCUUGUGCUCUCUAACUGCAAUCUGAACAGGUGUUCGAGAAGUAAUCUCAGUUUUCUCCUUCACCAGCAUAAGUUGCAGGUAAUUGACAUGUCUCACAACUCUUUGGAUGGGACAUUUCCAAAUUGGUUGAUUGCGAAUAAUACAAGGUUGGAAUCUAUAAACCUAAGGAACAAUUCGUUUGGUGGUACAGUUGUUAUGCCACCAUAUCGGAAUGUUAACACUUGGUGGUUGGAUAUGUCAGACAAUCGCUUGAUUGGUACUAUACCUCUUGAUAUAGGAACUAUCCUUCCCUAUAUAACCAAUCUGAACUUGUCCCGAAAUUCUUUGGAGGGUAAUCUCCCUCUCUCACUUGGUAAUCUGAGUGAGAUAGAAGUGCUGGAUUUAUCUGAUAAUAAUUUCUCUGGAGAAGUACCGAAGAGAUUGCUCACUGAUUGUCGUAGAUUGACUGUUUUAGUGCUAUCUAAUAACAAACUGGAUGGUGAGGUACUUUCAAGAAAUUUCAGUGUAACUGCUCUAUGGAUGUUGUUGUUAGACAACAACCGGUUUACAGGGGUGCUCACAAAUGAGUCUGCAGGCGAUACUGAGUUAAACAUGUUGGAUAUAAGUGGUAACUUGUUUUCAGGCGUGAUUCCUGAAUGGAUAAGCCAACUACCAUCGAUGAAUGCAUUCUUGAUAAGAAACAACAUGUUCGAAGGUCAAUUCCCUUGUGGGACAACUCCAUUCACUUUCCUUGAUAUUUCACAUAAUUCUUUUUCGGGACCCGUCCCAUCCUGCAAAAACUUUCGAGGUAUAGAGCACCUUCAUUUAAAUUCUAACAGAUUCACGGGACCAGUACCCAAAUCAUUUCGUAAUCUGACAAGUCUUUUAACUUUGGAUCUGAGUGAUAACAAGCUAUCCGGCAAGAUUCCAAACUUGGUAGGUGAACUCUCGAUUUUAAGGAUCCUUUUGUUGAGGAGAAACAACUUUAGUGGUUCGAUUCCUAGACAGUUGUGCCAAUUAAGUAACGUGAGGUUGAUAGAUCUAUCUAGUAAUUCCCUUUCGGGUUCAAUACCUAGUUGCUUACAAAAUAUUACUACCCAAGGCAACCUUGUUUUCCUAGAAAGAUCAAAUUCAUUUAGAGGCAGGAACUCAUUUUACCAUUAUGCAAGUGUUCUUCAGGGACGUGAAAGUCCUUUACACGGAGAAGAUGGUAUGUACGAAAAACAAGAUGAAGUUCAGUUUGUUAUGAAAAAUAGGUAUGACACCUACAAAGGUGGAAUCCUUGAUUACUUGUCGGGAUUGGAUUUCUCUAGCAACAAUCUGACUGGUUCAAUCCCAAAAGAACUUGGACUUUUGAGUCACAUUCAUGCUAUAAACUUGUCUCACAAUCAACUCACAGGACCGAUACCAAGUCUUUUCUCGAAUCUGGCAAACAUAGAGAGCUUGGACAUCUCAUCAAACCAUUUGAGUGGUAGAGUUCCAUCGGAACUGAUUGUGUUGAAUUUUCUGGCUGUCUUCAUUGUUGCUAACAAUAAUCUAUCAGGGAGACUCCCAGAAAGGAAAGGACAAUUUGGGACCUUUAACACCGAUAGCUACAAAGGAAAUCCAUUUCUUUGUGGACUACCGUUGGAGAAGACAUGCAAGCCUGCGAAGCCAAAUUCAUCAUUAAAGAAACCACCAUUGUCCGCCGACGAAAAUGAAGAAAAAUGGUAUGACGUCGAUAUAGUUUUCUUUGGUGCGAGUUUGGCUUGGACAUGGUUUGCACUUUUGAUGGGAUUUUUGGGAAUCCUUUAUGUAAAUCCUUACUGGCGUAUGAGGUGGUUUGCUUUCGUCGAAGAAUGUGAGGUGAAGGCCACAGCCUUGCACCAUGCCUACACUGUCACAAACAUCCGGACAAAGAUCCAAAGAUCCGAACAUUGGAUGGCUCAAAAGUCACGUACUCGUCUUGGACAAAGUUGUUUCGUCUUCACGCCAAGUCUUACAAGGUUCUCGAUCACAUUGAUGACACUCCUGCACCAGUUGACACUGAUCCCGUGUACCUCCAAUUAG